AUGUUCAGAGCAAGAGCACCACGACAUUCCGUGGCAUGUUGGGAUGCGACGAGCAAGCGGCGUAGAGAUCAGCUUUCCUUUUUUUUGCUUUGGUGUUCUAGACUGGCUGAGAUCGGAUAUUCAGCUGGUCUGGAACCAAUAUUCCUGUCAAACGUGACAGCCACUGAUCUGUAUGGAUGUAAUAGAUCAUGUGGUAAGUGUGGGAUGAGCUCGGCUCUUACAGCUGACAUUGCUGGGAUUGAGUCGACAUUGUCGCUCCGCUUCGGGGUUUGA